UAGUUGCCAUGGUGAUUGUUUUGUAAGAGGCGUGUGCUGUUAUUUGCUGACUGACUCAUCAUCGGCGUUCGGGAUAAAAGCGAACGUAGGGCGCGGAGCAGAAACGAAAGCGAUCCUGACGCCAGCAUGAGAGACACUGAACGCGACAAAUCCGCUGGAAAUCACCUGAAGCGCUCCCUGAUCGAUCUGAUCAUGUGUGUGAUGAGGCCGAUCGCGCGAGUCUUCCCGUGGCUCUUCCGGUGGAUCUCGAGCGGUAACGUUAACGUCAUGAUACGCGAUGACGAGGCGACGCCGGUGUUUUUUGACCUGGAGACCACCGGACUGGACACGUCUGCGUGUGAUAUCGUGCAGCUGUCGGCCGUCAGCGGGGACCGGGUGUUUAACGUGUAUCUGCUGCCGCGCUGCUCGAUGACUGACGGGGCGUCUCGAGUCACGAGUCUGACUGUAGACGGCCCCCAUCUGCUCUUCAGACACCGCCCCGUGCCCACCGUCCCUCACAGACGGGCUCUGAGCGACUUCAUCUGCUUCCUCAAGACCUUCCGCAGGCCCUUUCUGGUGGGACACAACAGCAGGCGCUUCGACUGGCCCGUCCUGACCCGCGUGCUGGCCCAGUUUGACCUGCUGGAGGAGUUUGAGGGCGUGGUGUCCGGAUGCGUCGACACGCUGCCGCUGAGCCGGGAGAUGUUCCAGCUGCCCAGAUACUCGCAGCAGUUCCUGGUCCAGCGCUUCCUGCAGGAGUCGUACGGCGCUCACGACGCCUCCGAAGACGUCCGGAUGCUGCAGGAGCUCUACAGAGUCUGGAGACCCAGCCAGGAGCUCGUGAAGAAGCACACGAUCGCCCCGUGACGCCGGCACAGCUGCAGCUCCAGGGAAACUAAUACUGCUCCUGUGUGUGUGUAAAGGAAUUAUCAAAUUGCACUGAACUGAAGGAUUCAGAAACAUUUUAUAUGUACGAUCAAACCAAACAUUAUUCAGACACCUGAUAUUUUUUUACUAGUGAGUUUAGUUGAGCUAAAUUGGUUUUAUCUAAUCGUGUGCUUA